AUGUAUCAAGAACAAUUUUCUUUCCUCACUUUUCUCACCUAUGUAGUACGAAAUAUUCAUGAAGAAAGUUAUUUAAUUUCAUGCACUGCAUUUGCAUUUACAUUCACAGAAAAGUUUACUGAAGUCGUUGAGAAAAAUGGAAAAUUCUUCUCAUUUUUCUUUCCUAAUGAAAAAGCUUUAAUUGCGAUCUCAAAUAAUUGA